AUGGCUGCCAAAAAGGGUCUCGAAAGAGCUUGUCUUGUGGGUGAGAGGGACACCAAGAAGUACUCCUUGACCCUAGCCAGGAUGAGCUGGCAUCAGAAGAAUUUAAAUGAAGAGAGGCAGCAGCAGGAGGAAGAAGAUACUGAAGCUAAUCCAGUGUAUCAUCACUGUCACAGCUACUCACAGACCUAUGAGAACAGAAAAAGGGAGCAGCAUCAAGCCAGGAGAAAGCUCUGUAUAGCAUCAGUAAUUUGCAUUUUCUUCAUGAUUGCUGAGAUUACAGGGAACUGCAUGUUUCACACAGGUGGGCAGAUCGCUGGGAGCCUGGCGGUGAUCACCGACGCUGCACACAUCCUAGUGGACCUGGCAAGCUUCCUCAUCAGCCUCUUCUCACUGUGGCUUGCCUCCAAACCUCCCACCAAGCAGUUCACUUUUGGGUGGCACCGAGCAGAAAUUGUGGCUGCGUUGAUGUCUAUGAUGAUAAUUUGGAUGGUGACUGGUGUGUUGAUAUAUCUGGCUAGCAUGAGGCUGCUACACCCUGAUUAUGAUAUCAAUGCUACAGUGAUGCUCAUUUCCUCUGCUUGUGCUGUGCUUGCCAAUAUCCUACUAAGCCUGAUCCUGCACCAGACCAGCCACGGGCACAGCCACGGGGCUCAGGCCAGGGAACACGUGUCAGCCACUCUGGAGACGCCGGCUCCCAGCAACGCCAGUGUGCGGGCAGCCUUCGUGCACGCCAUUGGAGACCUACUCCAGAGUAUUAGUGUGCUAAUAAGCUCACUUAUCAUCUUCUUUAAGCCAGAAUACAAAAUAGCUGACCCAAUCUGCACAUUUGUGUUUUCCAUCUUUGUUUUGGCAACCACCAUCACCAUCUUAAGGGAUAUUUUGACUGUAUUAAUGGAAGGAACAGCAAAAGGACUUGCUUAUGACACAGUGAAAGCAAGGAUUUUAUCAGUUGAGAAAGUGGAGUCUGUUCACAACCUCCAGCUUUGGUCUCUGACAAUGAAUCAAACUAUUCUAUCUGCUCAUGUUGCCACAGCAGACACAGCAGACAGCCAGAAGAUUUUGAAAGAUAUUACCCAUGUCUUGUUUGAGUACUACUGCUUCCACUCCAUCACUAUUCAGAUUGAAUCAACAGAGGAUCAGAAACAAGACUGCAUCUUCUGCCAAGAGCCCAGGGAUUAA